UGAAAGCGACUGCAGAUCGUGUUUGAUUAGUAACGCCUGCUGCUCGCCUCGAUCAGCUCCGAAUCUGUUACUUCUGUCUGUUCAGCGGCUCAUGGCGCUGUUCUAUGAGUUACUGUUGUGACACAAUAGGAGUGUGUAUCGUUAUCUAGUGAACAUGGGCCGUCACUCGUCAGAGAGCGAGGACAACAGUCGAAGCAGGAGGAAGAGGAGAGCGAGAGGCCGUUCCUCCUCCUCCAGCUCCUCAGGCAGCAGAGUGACCGGCCGCAGCAAGCCCUCCAGGAGACGAACACGCUCCAGAGACCGAAACAGAGCCGCAGACAGGAGGCACAGAAACCGCUCCAACAGCAGCUCCUCCAGAGGGUCCAGUCACAGGAGGCGGAGCCGAAGCACAGACAGGGGGCGGGGCCACAGGUCCCACAGGUCUCCGUCCCGCAGCCGAAAUAGAAGGUCUCGCUCCCGUCACCGAAGGUCUCGCAGUGGCAGCAGCGGUCGAUCCAGCAGAAAACGCAGUCGCAGCAGAGAUCGAGAUCGUGGCCAGCGCCGAACCCGAGACAGAGACAAAGACCGGACACGGGACAGAACUAAAGACAAAGACACGGACAAAGCCAAAGACAAAGAAAAACAAAAACAAAGGGAAACAGGAAACAUCAAAGCUGGUUUAGAACAUCUGACUCCUGCAGAACAGGCCAAAGCUCGAAUCCAGCUGGUGCUUCAGGCUGCAGCGAAAACCGAUGAAGUACUGAAAGCAAAGGAGAGUAUGAAAGAAGAAAAGGCAAAGGAGGAAGAGGAAAUGUCUCUCGCCGAGCAGGUGAGGAGGAUAAAGGAUAUCGAGGCCAUUGAGAGCGACUCCUUUGUUCCUCAGGCUUUCAAAUCAUCUCGGGAUGGCACCAAGGUGACUGACGUUUCAGAGAUCAAGAAAGAGGCAGAGACUAUAAAAGAAGAAGUCGCCCUUCUGCCCACCUCCAUCAUGUACAAUGACAGCAACGCCCUGGCUCACCCUAACCUCUUCAUGGAUAAAGAGGAGGCAGAGAGGUUGUGGUUGAACAGACUGAUCUCUCUGCGUCAGGAGAGGCUCAUGGGAAGUCCAGUGUCCUGACCAGAUCCCGUGGACUUGCUGUAGCUCUCUGUAAUUCCAGCACAUCUCAAAAAGGAGCGCGUGCUCCACCUGCUGGUUUCAACGGGAAAUAUGAUUCAAAAUUACAUUUCAGCAUGUGCUUAUUCUGAGUCUUUGAUUGUUUAUUUUACUACUAACUCAUAAUGGUAAUAUUAAGGUUUUAGGAGUGAUUUACACAAAAUUUGUCCUUUAAGUUUCUUAAAAACAUCCUAAGACAUCCUUCUCAUCAACAUGAAUGACAAUUGUAUUUAGUGUGUAUUGGGGUUUUGUUGUUGUUGUUUUUCUUUUUUCCUUUUUCAAAAUAAAUGAUUGUUGUAAAUCUUGGAUAAAACUUUGUAGUCAUAAAUGUUUUAAAGUAAAGAACAGCUACGUGAAAA